AUGGAGUUCAAGAAGAGCUCCGGCGCUGUUGGUGUUGGUUCGGCCAACACCGACACUUCAAUCUACGAGCGAGAAGUCUCGACAACACGGCGCGUGACACAACGCCUUCGUAAUUCAGUAGAGUUGAGAAGACAGUCGAGGUCGAGCCUGAGAUCCGAGUCGAGGUCGUCCACAUCCGUGUCGUGCGUGACCCGUCAGACGAUUGGAGAUGACUGCGCAAAGCAGAGAUUCAUAGUUUGGGCAGCAGUCAAGCGAAACAGAUCCGUGCGGAUGGCCCCCAAUGAUAGACUGAGGUGCCCAUUAAUACGAUGCGGAGAGCAGUUCACCGAUCACGAGAGUAUGCUGAGUCACCUCCACGAGUGCCAGCAUUUGGAAUCUGGGGAAUACGUUUGUUAUGAGUGCAUGAGGGUCGAGAAGUUCAACGAUGGGAGGUGCAAGUGUUGUCUUGGUCAGCCAACCAAGAGGCGUCGGAUCAUCAAUGCCGCGAAGACCUUCUUCUCUACACUGGGCCACAAGUCACGGAAAGAUGACGCCUUUGAGGUCGAUCAAGAGGAGUUUGGGAUGGAACCGCCAAGUUACGAUUCUCUCGACAUCGGAGAAGAGCCAGAGGCCCCAUCAGAGGCUCAGCUGCCAUUAGAGCCUGAGAUCAGUGGCACUGAAAUCCUAGAGAUGGACGCCGCACCUAUGUUUCCAGUGGAGCUUGAUUCUGUCAACUACGAAUCACGCCCUGAGCCUCCUCAACAACCAUCCAGCCAAAACGGCAAUUCACUUUAUAGCGAGUUCACUACCCUGCGGCCACCGGAAGCGCCAUCUCGUGGCAACUUGCAGCAACUACAAGCAAAUAACGGUAGCCGGCCCUCACUCGCCGUUGAUACCAACCUCGAUCGACCUCGAAAAGUGCCGAGAACCAAGUAUUUAUCACCGAGCUCUUCUUUACGAUCUACGAACAGUUCUCAAGGUAUCAUAUCUCCUCUGAGUGCUGGAUCUGGAAUUUGGACGAACGCCUCAGCGAUUGAUACCACCUUGGCCUCGCCCAUCACUCCGUUCAGCGCCGAUGGAACGGAUCCCGGUACAUUGUCUCGUGAAAAUAGUUGCAAGUUUCCGAAGGAUUAUCACCUCCCUUCUUCCAACCCCGGAUGGAGCACUGGGUUCAAUGAGGCUAUUCCAUCUGAAACCCCAGGGCUCCCCAGUUUAGACGACAACUAUAUACUGGACAACAUUUCCGAGUUGCCGGGUGAUCUUCCGGUACCGAGGAUCUGGGGCAGCGACCCUCUCUUAUUCUCUUUCGACCCGAAAGACAACUACUCGUGGUCAUCAACUAUGGAUACGGAAGUCAAUGUUCUAUUCACUGGAAAUCACUUGGCAUCCGACGUACAAGACGAGAGCGCGUCAGACACGAAAACGCUGGUCGCCCAUACUUCGGAGGCGCUGAGGGCACAGAUGGCGUACACGGUUCCAAAUGUCAAAAACGUCAACAACGCUCUAGCUCGUCGCCUGGAAGCUCUCUCAAGUAGAGAGGUGAGCCUCAAAGGUCUUGCGAGUCUUCGGAGGAUACUCAAUGGAGUCGACCCAACGGACCCAUUGGACUACCUCUGCUUCAUCCAUCUUAUCUAUGCGUUCUCUAUUGUUAUUCACGAAGAAGAAACGUCAGCCCGCUCCUAUAGGCUCUUUCAACAAGCGAUAGCAUACCGAGGGUUCUUGUCCGCUAGAGACCGUGAUAUGUAUCAAACAACGGUUGCUGCGCUCUGGGAACCGAGAGACUCGAACAAAGCCCAAGCUGCUCAAGCAGCCUUGAACCGAUCUUCUAGCUCAAAAGGCAAGAAUCCGGAACUCCGUUUCGACUCAAGAUCCAAUUACACUGUCGAUCCCCUGGUAGGCGAAGGCCUGAAUUUCCUUGAUGAUCUUGAGUUUUCAGUUAUGAACAGUACGACCGAUAAUCGACCUAUCGAGGUUCUCACGUCCGAUCUCUGGUCAGAGCACUUGUCAGCAGAUGUGCCAGGCACACAGCAUUCUGCGGAUGCGUUCUCAGUUGCAGCGACUUAUAUCGUCCAGAUGCUCAGGCAGAAGUUCAGCUCUGCUGACCAGAGUGAAACUCUGAUCAGACGACUGAAAAGUGCUGAUCAACGAGUGACGGCAGGCCAAAUCACUACCAUCAGGCGAUUUGAACUCGAACUGCUCCAGGCCGGUAAAGCGACACUCGACUCGUCUCAGCUUUUUGACGACUAUGUCCCACAAGUCAGAAGCUUCUGCGACAACAUAUACGCACAGCAAGGCUACAACCCAAGGCAGAAGUACCAAGUCCUUGGUAUUUCCUUGGUUGAGUCUUUAAUUCAGGCCCAGGCCCAGGAUAGUGUCCAGCCCCAAGUGGCUGUCAAUGAAACUAUCGGCCAACAGCAUUCAAGUCCCACCUUCUCAGUAGAUACCAAUGAUGCUUCGGACCCUCUGGCCGAAUUUUUAAAAGACUUCGAUACUAGGAAUUUCGCAGAUGAUUUCAUUCUCCCCAUGGAUCCUUCUCUGGGGGAGACUGUUGAGGCACCGUCAGAACCAACACCAGGUACAAUUGCAUCGCCGGCUAAGAUGCCAGCUCCGUCCCAUCACCGAACUAUUGAUCCAGCAAGCCUUUUAAGCCACGUGGACGCCGAAUCACAACCGAAAAUCUCUCCUGAGCCAAAGGACCAAAACUACCUUGCAGAAGCUCAAACGUCGGCCUUCACGACAGCUGACGAGCCCCAAGGCCAGGUAGAUGAGGGUGCACCGGCCGAGGGCAGCACGCCGGCCUCUACGCAGCAGCAGAAGGUCGAAGCCGACUCGUGCUGCGACAUCUGCGGCUACCGCCCCAAGGGCGACCCGCAAUGGUUCAAGGGGUCCAUGGCCAAGCACAAGAAACUACAGCACUCGGCGAACCCGCCCAAGAUCUACAAGUGCCCGUACCCGGGCUGCGUCAGCGCGUACAAGAACCGCCCAGACAAUCUGCGGCAGCACCAGAUCGAGAAGGGCCACUUUGUUGAGGGGGAGGGCAGGACCCGCAGGCCGGGAAAGAGAAAGCAGAUGGACGAGGAGUAG